UGAAUAUGGCUAUUGUUUGUAUGCUGGAUGCAACAGAAGUUAUUGUGCAUAAAGUUGAAAAUAAAACAUGGGAAAAAGAUAAAGAUAAUGUACUUAGCCACACAGAAAUAUUUAACAAGUCAUUCAGUGGAAUAAAAAGCUUCACAAGAUAUUCGUCUGCCACAUCUUUACAUAGGCAACAGAAUGAUUCACACAUUGUGUAUGCUGAUGUGUCGGAGAACAACAGAAAUAGUACUAACAUAGCUACAGAUAACGAGACACUGAAUCAACAUGUUCAAUUUGAAUUCAACUGGAAUAAAGCACAAGUAUCACUUCUUCUACUUCUGCGAGUUACUAUGGUGCAGUCUUCUCGGAAGUACUCGGCGGUUACCUUGCACAUCGUUUUGGCGGAAAACAUGUGAUCAGUGUCUGCUUGAUUUCAUCAGCGAUGUGCUCGAUUCUGUCCCCGGUUGCAGCUUCAUCAAGUACGCUUUUAUUUUCAUUAUUCGGAUUGUACUUGGAUUUUCGGGGGGUUUAUUCACCCCUUCAAUGUAUUCGCUGAUGAUGUAUUGGACCAUCCCGACGGAGCGAGCGUCUGUUCUUUCAUGUUCCCUUUCUGGACAGCCAUCUGGUAUUGUUUUGGCCUACGUAACAUCAGGAUUCCUAUGUUCUUUUGGAUGGCCUGUCAUAUUUUAUGUACACGGUGGUGUGACCUUAGUGUUCAUGCUAUUAUGGUUAUAUGAGAUUCGUAAUACUCCCGGACAACAUCCAAGAAUCUCGCAGGCAGAGAAAGAGUAUCUAACCAGCUGUACAACAAACAAAAGCAAGAAGUCUGUCCCACCUACGCCAUGGAAAUCCAUAUUACUAUCAAAACCGCAGUGGGCAGUUACACUGGUCCAUUUUGUUUUCAACUGGAGUCUUUUCACUGUUGUCAUUAAUAUACCGCUGUUUCUCAAGGAAGCGUUUGCAUACAUCAUAUCAGAGAAUGGUGUAUUUUCAGCUAUGCCUUAUGUUUUCUCGGCAAUCACGUGGAUGUUUUCUGGAACAAUUUCUGCAGUAGUGAUAAGAAAAAGAUUACUCAGCGUGCAAGCUACAAGAAAAACAAUGACUGCAAUAAGGUCUACAAGAAGAAUGACAAAAUGUAUUCUACCUUGCGGCAGAACUAAAUGUUUUUGGAGGAAUAGUGUAUUGUAUUUACGGAGAAGCAACUCUUGA